AUGGCCUCACGUCAAGGCUCAGCGGUGGCCAGUGGAAAAAAGCCACGCAAGCGAAGAGCCAAUGUCUACGAUGCCGUUGCAGGCAAUGUCACGCAAGCUGGUUUGAUUGGGCAUGUCACUGGUCCAAAGGCGGCCAAGAAACGUCUACGACCGGACGAAGUCCUCUUCAAGCGUAAAAAUGCGCCGAUCCGGUACGAAGAGGACGACUAUUACCCAGCACAUAACCGUCUCUCGGACCAGCAACUGCCUAGGGGAGAACUUGCAACUUCGAUCCAUGCUUACAUAACCCAUAUGUAUGCCCAAGUCGACGCCCGUGGCCGGAGCAUACGAUGGCGACACCUGGACGGAACUGUCCUGCUUGCCCUCGGCAUCCUUGUAGAGGAAACGGCGCGCAGUGUCAUCGGCGAGACUGGUGAUCUGGCUUUCACCGAGGCUGACCAAGACGACGGCCGUGGUAAGAGCAAGAGCAAGCCGAAUUCGUCUGCGGUCAAAGAGCACGAGCCUGUUGAUACAACCCAGCAGUCUACAAAAGAGACGAACCGUGCCGUGCACGUCUCCUGGGCUUCGCCAGUGGAGUCUCGACAAGCAUCGCAGAAGAGACGGACUAGAUAG